AAGUAAUUUCGUGAAAAUAUGACAUACAUAACCAAAACCAAGAAAGCCAAAAUCUAAUCUACUAAAACCUGUUCUGAACAAAAUUUAGUUCGAUAAAGAUAUAAUUAUAUAUACAUAAUGUCUCGGCUUAUGACUGUAUUAUUUCAACCGUUGAAGUUGAUCACGCAUACAGUACAGCAAUCCAUUUCACAUAUUCCGAGUACUACAGCUUUAGUUAAAUCGGAAUAUCCCUUGUUGACUGCUGUCCGAACAAAGGUUCGUUGCUAUUUUCCUCGCCCCAAUGAAGUCAAGAGAGUUCGCCGUCAUGGUUGGAAAACCAGAAUGUCAACUCCUAAUGGCCGCAGAGUUAUUAUGAGACGAUUAUUAAAAGGAAGAUUUGUACUAACUCAUUAAUUAGUGGUUAUUAAUAAGGUUUAGAAAAAUAAAUAAAUAUAAUCAACAAAA